AUGCAGUUUGCCCCGGCACUCGCGUCGACAGACGCUCUCGUCGCCGAGCGCGCCUGUGUCGACUCGACGAGACUGACUUCGUGCUUGACGUCCACCGAAGCUCGAUACUCGCCCACCGGACCUCCUUUAAACCCAAUGCCACCAAGACAACUUAUCCCAGAUGAGGAAGAGGAGGGACUACUGCCAGCGCGAGGUAGUAUCCCCAUCAAGUAUCAGAGCAUUGCCAGGGCCUGCUAG